AUGCGGGCUUGGCCUUCAUUUUUUGUAUCUGGUUUCCCUUGUUCUCCUCCACCUCUGUUUCCAUCUUUUAUCUUCAAGUUCUUCUCAUCAAUGAUUCAGCUGAUUCAUAUGAUUCCAGAUCAAGGAGGAGGAAAAAGAGCUAUCGUUCAAGUUCUAGGAGUAGAAGCAGGAAAUCAAUAUCAGUGCAAAUCCUAUGAGAAAGUCAGAAAGAAACUGAUGUUAUUGGAGGCUCCUAAUGUGCUUACUAUUUCAUUGAAGAGAUUUCAUUGUGUUAAAUUUGGGAAGCUGAACAAAUCGGUUGAGUUCCCAGAGAUUUUAGACAUGGCUCCAUAUGUUAGUGGGUCAAGUGAUAAGUCGCCAGUUUACAGGCUUUAUGGGGUGGUGGUUCAUGUAGAUACAAUGAAUGAUGCCUUUUCUGGUCAUUAUGUUUGCUAUGUUAAGAAUCAUCACAAUCAAUGGUUCAAAUUUAACGACACCAUGGUGAACGAGGUGGAUCUUCAACAUGUAUUAACAAAAGGCGCAUACAUGCUCUUUUAUGCAAGAUGCUCCCCACGGACCCCACGAUCAAUACGCAGCUCAAUAAUCCAGCAUCAAGAUGCACGAAAACACAAAACAUUCGUUCACUCCACUGAACCUUGGCAGGCUUGCAAUUACCAGCCGACUUCUUAUCUUGGUUACCGAUACCGGAGUUGGAGUAGGAAUCUUCCUCCUCCAGUGACAACUCGGGGUUCUUCUCAGACUCAUGUUCUUGCAGCACAGAUAACAGCACCCAAAAGGACUCCAGUGAUCACAUUCCGGGUCACUGGGAACAUGAUUAAGCAGUUAUUUAUGUGUUACCUAGAGAGAGAGAGAGAGGAAAAGGUCGGUGCAGUUAUUUAUGUGUUACCUAAAGAGCUAUCAUAUCGACAGGGGCCAACGAGGGUAAGAUUAUGUCCUGAUGGAGAAUCUGCAUAA